CCCAGCGCCUGAGAGCUCUGUGAGUGAACUUUCACCAUCAGACGGAAUGUUUUCAGCGACUACAUGUUUAAUUAAUAAACUGUGCUCGAAUAUAAACCUUAAUAGUGCUGUAAAUUUAAGAUUUUAGUUUCAGUAGUGCCGUGUUCUCGUUAAUUAGCUAGCGCUAGUUAGCUGGCUGUUCUAGCCUGUUAGCUCAGCCCUGACGGGGCAUUUAAGGCCUUUAACCUGCCUCCCUGUAUCAGCCCGUUUAUCGAGACAGUUCGCGCUACGAUGCCUAUGAAUGUUUAACGCGUCUUCCGUAGAGAAGCUGGUGAAGUGUUUAAGGGUGAAAGCUUGGUAAUGAGGAGGAAGAGCCCGACAAACGACGCUGUUUUCCACAUCACCGCCGGCCGCGACAGAGCGGGGCUGGAUGUGAAGUACAUUGGUUCGUUUAAAGGUGAGCAGAGCAGGUAGAUCAGCUUUGACUGAACCUCGACACAGAGAAGGUCGUGUUAGCGCGGUCUGUGGUUGCUGAUUAAGGCAGGGGAGUGUUUGCCGUGACGAACUUCGCGAGAGGAGAGUUCGUGCUGGAGUACAGAGGAGACCUGAUCAGUGCGGAGGAGAGUCGGAGAAGACAGCGGGUUUAUCACAGCGCCGUGAAAGCGUUCCUGUUCGACUUCAUCUGGCACGGAAAGCUCUGGACCAUUGAUGCUGCAAGGGAUGAUGGCACACUUGGAAGACUGGUUAAUGACGACCACAUUAACCCCAACUGUAAAAUGAAGAGAAUCAUUGUGGAGGGAAGGCCACAUUUGUGCCUUUUUGCUUUAAGAGACAUAACACCUGGAGAGGAGAUUACGUAUAAUUAUGGAGAUGGUGAUUGUCCCUGGAGGAGUGAGGUGACAAAAAGUGGAAUGGAAGCAGACAACAAUCAUCUGGAGUCAGAAGGUGCCUCUGGAGAUGAUCAGCAUUGCACCAAGCAUUUACAGCACAAAUCUGCUUUUGGCGUCCAGAUGACAAAAAAUGAAAUGGAAGCAGGAAGUAAUCGUCUGGAGUCAGAUGGUGCCUCUGCAGGCACAGCAUCACAGCAUGAGUCUACUUUCUGUAACGAGAUGACAAAAAAUGGAACGGAAGCAGCCAGUAAUCGUCUGGAGUCAGAUGGUACCUCUGGAGACGAUCACCAUCACACCCAGCAUUCACAGCAUGAGUCUACUUUCUGUAACGAGAUGACAAAAAAUGGAACGGAAGCAGCCAGUAAUCGUCUGGAGUCAGAUGGUACCUCUGGAGACGAUCACCAUCACACCCAGCAUUCACAGCAUGAGUCUACUUUCUGUAACGAGAUGACAAAAAAUGGAACGGAAGCAGCCAGUAAUCGUCUGGAGUCAGAUGGUACCUCUGGAGACGAUCACCAUCACACCCAGCAUUCACAGCAUGAGUCUACUUUCUGUAACGAGAUCCUGGAGCAGAACCGGACUUAGAACCGUCUACACAGCAAGCCCAGGAGACCUUGGCUGAACCACAUCAGUUCCCAAAGGUGUAAAGAUGGUU